UUGGGAACCAGCUGUGCUUCAGACAAUCACAUGUGGAGAACAACGGCGGUCAACUAAUGUGCAGAUGCUCAUUUGGGUCGGGGAGAGUGAUGUGGUAACCUUUAUGCUGGAUCCCAGAUGGGUUCGCAUGCAGUACAGCGCAAUAUUCACACCGCAUUAACGUAUUGCUCAUUGUUAAUAGGUAGGAACAAAGGGCAAUAUGUUUGUUAAGUGAACAGGGGUUCUCGAUGACAUGAUAGUAUACGAUUUCAUGAGAGUUCCUCAAAGAGGUCACAUAGAUGAGGUCACACAGAUGAGGUCACACAGAUGAGGUCACACAGAUGGGACCUCGAUGGUACCUGUGGGGCUCCUCUACCGGUAUACUGUUCACCUGUACACCUACCUCCAUGUCCUUCUUCUAUGCAGGUGUAUGCAGAUGACGUGCUCACCAAAGAUGAACAGAUAGGCCUCUUGUUCAAAGCCAAGCGUAUGUGUGAGGGAAACAUCAUUUCAAAGCAAAUCUUUCCAGAUGGCUUCUGCUCACCGGAGUGGGAUGGUAUUGUUUGCUGGCCUGAGGGGGCUCCAGGAGAGCUUGUUUCCACGGCAUGUCCAGAGUACAUCCAUGACUUCAACCACCAAGGACUAGCAUACCGUCGCUGUGACAACAAUGGGACAUGGGAGCUGGCCGCCACCAAUAACAAGACCUGGGCCAAUUAUAGUGAAUGUGCAAAAUUCUUCCCUCACUACAACCACAACCAUGAGAAGGAGGUCUUCCAUCGCUUGUACAUCAUCUACACCGUGGGCUACUCCAUCUCUCUGGGCUCCCUCAUGGUGGCUGUGGGAAUACUGGGUUAUUUCCGGCGCCUGCACUGCACCCGCAACUACAUCCACAUGCACCUGUUUGUGUCCUUCAUGCUGAGGGCCAUCAGCAUCUUCGUGAAGGACGUGGUGCUGUACUCGGGCUCCGCCAUGGAGGACAUGGAGAGGGUCACCGUGGAAGACCUCAAGUCCAUCACCGAGGCCCCGCCCGCAGACAAAACACAGUUUAUUGGAUGCAAGGUGGUGGUGACGGUGUUCCUCUACUUCCUGGCCACUAACUACUACUGGAUCCUUGUGGAGGGCCUGUACCUCCACAGCCUCAUCUUCAUGACCUUCUUCUCUGACAGGAAGUAUCUGUGGGGAUUCACUCUUAUUGGCUGGGGGGUGCCUGCCAUGUUUGUGACGGUGUGGGCGAGUGUAAGAGCCACCCUGGCCGACACAGAGUGCUGGGAUCUAAGUGCAGGCAACCUGACGGGGAUCUUUCAGAUUCCUAUCCUAACUGCCAUCGUGGUCAAUUUUGUUUUAUUCCUGAACAUAAUCAGAGUCUUGGCGACUAAACUGCGAGAGACGAAUGCAGGGAGAUGUGACACGCGCCAGCAGUACAGGAAAUUGUUAAAGUCCACCUUGGUUCUGAUGCCGUUGUUCGGUGUGCACUACAUUGUGUUCAUGGCCAUGCCGUACACUGACGUCUCUGGGAUUCCUUGGCAGAUCCAGAUGCACUAUGAGCUGCUGUUCAACUCCUUCCAGGGAUUCUUUGUUGCAAUCAUCUAUUGCUUCUGCAACGGGGAGGUGCAGGCCGAGAUCAAGAAGGCCUGGAACCGCCGCACCCUGGCGCUGGACUUCAAGAGGAAGGCCCGCAGCGGCAGCAACACGUACAGCUACGGGCCCAUGGUGUCGCACACCAGUGUCACCAACGUCACGGCCCGGGGGCCCCUGGCUCUGCACCUCACCACCAGGCUGGGCCCCGGGCCCGUCAACGGCCACCGGACCCUGCCGGGCUACGUGAAGAACGGCUCGGUGUCGGAGAACUCCCUGCCCUCCUCGGGCCAGGAGCUCCACGUCCCGGAGGAGGAGGCCGGCAGCGAGGCGCGGCCCUGUGAGGAGGAGGAGGAGAAGCCCGCUCCCCUGGUGGAGGAGGAGAGGGAGACGGUCAUGUGA